CUUUUGACUCUUUGGUUUUUGCCUCUUUCUUCAUCAUAGGUCAGCGUUUCCUCUUCCUCUUUGGGACUCUCAUCUUCUUCUUCUUCUCCUUCGUUUUCUAUAAAUAUAUGCAGUUACAUGCCACAAACCUAGUAAUUAGCCUUAGUCUCUCUUGGUCUCUUACCACUUUCCGAGAAAGAAAACCAGAUAUCGAAAAGUUCCAAAAAAAAAAAAAAAAAAAAAAACACCAAGAGAAGAAAACCCUAGUUAGUCUAUAAUUAUAUUUUGUGUACUUGAGAAGAAGUUUGGACUUGAUAUAGAGAAACCAGGUGGAAAUGGGAAGGCCUCCAUGUUGUGAUAAAGAAGGAGUCAAGAAAGGACCUUGGACUCCUGAAGAAGACAUCAUUUUGGUCUCUUACAUUCAAGAACAUGGUCCUGGCAAUUGGAGGGCUGUUCCUACUAAUACAGGAUUGCUUAGAUGUAGCAAGAGUUGCAGGCUCCGAUGGACUAAUUACCUUAGGCCAGGGAUCAAACGCGGUAACUUCACAGAUCACGAGGAGAAGAUGAUCAUACACCUUCAAGCUCUUUUGGGCAAUAGAUGGGCUGCAAUAGCUUCAUAUCUUCCACAGAGAACAGACAAUGACAUUAAAAACUACUGGAACACCUACUUGAAGAAGAAGCUCAACAAGCAGGCUCAGCUUCAAACGGACCUAGACGGCCAUGAUCAGCCCAGAGAUCAUGGCUUUUCAUCUUCUCAUCACUCGAUGUCCCGAGGCCAGUGGGAGCGGAGGCUCCAAACCGACAUCCGAAUGGCGAAACAAGCCCUUUCGGAGGCUCUUUCUCCUGACAAGUACUCAAAAUCGCCAGAUGAUAUUCAUCAUGACAAUGAUGAUGAUCAGGACCUGAUGAUGAUCAAACCAUCAUCAUCAACUGGGCCAUGCCCGAAACCGGAGGCCCGAACAUCGUCGUCCUCAUCGACAAGUAUCUAUGCUUCAAGCACUGAGAACAUAGCCAGAUUGCUCAAGAGUUGGAUGAGAAACAAUUCUUCAAAGAGAUCUGGCAAGAGUUCUAGCUCCACAUUAACUCAAAGUACUUCUUUGAGCAAUGUUGGUAAUGAUUCUGCGUCUAGUGAGGGAACUCCAAGUACUACUACAGCAAACAACAAGAACAACAGCAAGAACAACAAUAAUAAUAAUGGGAUUGAUUUGUCUGAGGCUUUUGAGUCCUUGUUUGGAUUUGAGUCUUUUGAAUCUUCUAAUAAUUCGGAGUUUUCUCAGUCAAAUAUGUCUCCUGAGGCAAGCCUAUUUCAAGACGAGAGCAAGCCUGAUCUUGGUGGCCAAUUGCCGUUUUCUUUGCUAGAGAAAUGGCUGUUCGAUGAAAGUAUUUCCACACAAGGGAAAGAACAGCUUAGCGAUAUGAUCCUAGAUGAAAAUGCUAAUUUUUUCUAGAUAUUAGCAGCUUCUAUAUUUUGGUGCUUCUGAUCAUGGGGUUAUUAGAACAUCUUCUUUGUUUGGUAACAGAUUUAAUUUUUAUUUUUAUUUUUGUAAAAAAGUGAAAAGAACGGUGGAGAUUCUCGUAAUCAAUCAAUGUAUUGAGAAGAUCUCAACACUUUAUUUUACUUUUUUAGGAAAACGAAAGAAGAUAUUACCAAACAAUCUUUUUUUUUCUUGUUUUAUUUUUGGAUCUAGAUCUUGGUACUCUUUUCAGUUCUUCAUCAAGGUGAGUUUGGUAGUACCCUUCUGAUGCGAGGACAUGAAAGUGUAAAUUCCAUAAUUAUUAUUAAUUAUGUUAGAGCUUCUUGUUGAGAUUAAUAAA